CGCCACCGCCGCCACCGCCGCUAUGGGCUCCGCUUCUGCCUCCUCGCUCCCGAUUUCCGCAGGCGCCGGCGAGAACCUGGUCCUCAUCCUCGACUUCGGAUCGCAGUACACCCACCUCAUUACCCGUCGCGUCCGACAGCUCGGAGUCCUCUCCCUGUGCGUCUCCGGCACCACCCCGCUCUCCUCCCUUGCUGGGCUACGUCCCCGCGCUGUCAUACUCUCCGGCGGACCCCACUCUGUCCACGCGCCGGGCGCGCCCUCCUUCCCCGAGGGAUUCCUCGAUUUCACCGCCGACGCAGGUGCACACGUUCUGGGCGUCUGCUACGGGAUGCAGCUCCUCGUGCAGUCCCUCGGCGGCGCCGUCGAGGCCGGCGAGCGGCAGGAGUAUGGCGAUAUGGAGGUUGAGGUAACAACGCGGUCCUCAGCUCUUUAUGGUGAGGGGGAGGCAGGGAAGCGACAGUCGGUGUGGAUGAGUCAUGGCGACGAGGUCGUCAAACUGCCUGAGGGGUUCAAGGUCGUGUCCCGCAGCGUGCAGGGCGCGAUUGCGGCCAUCGAGCAUCAGGAGAAGCGGUAUUAUGGACUACAGUACCACCCGGAGGUGACACAUUCGCCCCAAGGAAUUGAAACACUGCGCCGCUUUCUUUUUGAUGUUUGCGGGAUUAAAGCUGACUGGAAGAUGCAAGAUGUGCUGGAUGAGGAAAUUAAGACCAUCCAAAGUAUGGUUCGUUCUGAUGAACAUGUGAUUUGUGCGUUAUCUGGAGGAGUUGAUUCAACAGUUGCGGCCACUCUUGUUCACAAUGCGAUAGGGGAUAGGCUUCACUGUGUUUUUGUGGACAACGGUCUAUUAAGAUACAAGGAGAAGGAACGAGUUAUGUUAACCUUUGAUAGUGACUUGCACCUUCCCGUAACAUGUAUUGAUGCCUCAGAGCAAUUUCUUAGCCAGUUAAAAGGAGUCAAAGACCCAGAGGAGAAAAGGAAGAUUAUUGGCAGGGAAUUCAUAGCUGUCUUUGACAAAUUUGCUCAGAUGCUAGAAGAGAAGAUAGGAAAAAGACCUGAAUAUUUAGUUCAAGGAACAUUAUACCCUGAUGUGAUUGAAUCAUGCCCACCUCCUGGCAGUGGGAGGACACAUUCCCACACCAUCAAAAGCCAUCACAAUGUAGGUGGUCUUCCUGUAGACAUGAAGUUGAAGCUCAUUGAACCACUGAAGCUCCUAUUCAAGGACGAGGUACGGAAGUUGGGAAGUAUCUUAAAUGUCCCAGAGUCAUUCUUAAAGCGACACCCAUUUCCUGGGCCUGGUCUUGCUGUACGUAUCCUAGGUGAUGUUACAGAAGGCAAUGCUUUGGAGGUUCUUCGUCAGGUAGAUGAGAUAUUUGUUCAAGCCAUUAAAGAUGCAGGCCUCUAUGAUACAAUUUGGCAAGCUUUUGCUGUGUUUUUGCCUGUCCAAACAGUUGGGGUCCAGGGUGACCAGAGAACUCACUCGCAUGCUGUUGCUUUACGGGCAAUUACCAGUGAGGAUGGCAUGACUGCAGAUUGGUAUUAUUUUGAACGCCAGUUCCUGGUAGAUGUGGUGAAGAAGAUCUGCAAUAAUGUGCGCGGCGUUAACCGUGUUUGUCAGGACAUAACAUCAAAACCACCUGCCACGGUGGAGUGGGAAUAGGACGUAAUAACGGACUGGGAAUUUGAAGUUAUGCGCUGGUGCUGCAACAGUGGCGUGUGAAUUGCAGCAUAUGUUACUUACUAGAUUACUGUCUAGGGCUCUAGAAUAUUUCUUCGUCUAGAAAGAUGAUUUGAAACAGCACUUGCAACUAUUCAUAAAAUAUGUCUCUUCCUAAUCA